AUGGGAACCCUCUCAGAGUCAUCUUCAGGAGAAGGUUUCACCCCGGACCCUCCCCCUAUUGAACUGGAGAAAUUAAACACAGCAACAGAUGAUAUAAACAAGCUUGAGGCCAAAAGAACACUUCAUCAAGCUGCAAAAGAAACUAUUGCUCUUGCCGAGGAAAGAUUUGUCAAUUGUCGUCAUGAGCAGUGGCAGUUUGAUUCAGCCUGGCAGGAGAUGCUAAACCAUGCCACAAUUAAGGUAAUGGAAGCAGAGGCUCAGAAAGCUGCUAGUGAACGUGAACACAUGCGACGUGCUUCAGUCUUCCAGCAGGCUGAACAACGAGUCCAACAGUUACAGCGGGGCCUUAGAUCCUCCAUAAAUAAAUCCCUUAUCUACUUUGAAGAAAAAGCAAAAGUUCAAGCCCAGUUAGAGAGUCAGAAGGAAAGAGUUCAGCAGCUUCAGAGAGCAGUAGCUGCUUCAAAGUUAUCAUAUGCUCAGUCCUUAAGGAGUUUGGAACAGAUUUCAGAAGAAAUCCAUGAACAGCGCAGGUGCCAUUUACCUAGAGAACCAGGUGUGGGUGCUGAGCUCACUCCACCUGAAGCUGUUGAUGCUCUCGUUAAUGACCAGGGUGCAAAACCAUUUUCCCCACUUGAAGAAAUGACUUCUAAGGAGGAGGAGUAUUGGGAAUGUUUACGAGAAAAAUUGGAGAAGCUUCAAGUUUGUAAUCCACAACUUGUGACAGCAAAUAAUGAGGUUGCAUCAGACUGUGAGUAUCCAGAUGGUCAGGAGUGCACUGUGACAAACAGCAACUGCACCUUCAGGAGUUGCUUAGAGAAAGUGGUAGGAAUGGAAAGAGUUGUGAGCGGAGAGAGUCAUCAUGGGUCAGAGAGUGAAGAAGUUCAUGGCCCCGUAAAGAGAAAGGAAUUGUCUCUAGAGGAUGUGUUCGUGCAUGUAACAUUUUAUGCCAGUGAUAUGCAUGAAAGAAAUAAAACUCUGGUAAAAGAGGAGCUGCAGUGUUUGCCAAAUAAUUGCUAUGAUAAUAGUACAAAGUCAUGGGAUAAUAUUAACAAAGAACCUUCGUUAUCCCGCAGACUUCCUGUUGGUAGUCAUACUUUCAAAAUUUCAGAUAAUUUACAUAUGGUUUAUGAUAAUGGACAAAGUGCAACAGUGGGUGAGAGAACUACAGUUUCUUCAGGAAUAAGUAAAGAAUUUAAUCAUAGCUCUUUGACAAAGAAAGUAGUAGGUAAAAUGUAUGAUGAAGAUAAGAGUGCUGCACUUGAGAGCACUGUCAGUGAUAUUAAAAUGGAAAUUAAUGAAUGCAAAUUUGACAGAGGAAAUAAUGAUGCACAUAAUGAAGAGUACACUGAUGAUGUAAUAAUUUCAGAAACUAUUGAAGGAAUCAAAAAAAGUAAUGAAUAUGAAGAAAAAAUAUAUGUGAAUGAGAGUAAUGGAAAGUUAGGAGAAAAGGAAGAAGGAGAUGGUUCAUCAUCUCCGCCUCCUGCCAUGUGCCAACCCUGUAGAGUUUUGAGUGUUAUUCCUGAGGGGGUAGAAAGCUAUUCCUGAAGAUGCACUCUGUCAUUUAAGAUAUUACUUCCUUAUUAACAUUGCUUGUGUUUUUACGAGUAGAUGAUAGAAGAUGAGCAUAUUUUUCUAGGGCUUGAUAAGAAGUAGAAGUCAGUUUGUUCUUGAAAGGAAGGCAUACAAAAAAAAAAUUCCUGUUGCGUGUUUCUUGCUAAAAAUAAGUUUCUUUGUCCAGAUAUGGUAAACACUGUAAAAUAUUUUACACUUUUAUUUAGUAAGACACUGUAAAUUUAUAUUUCUGGCUUCUCUGCUCAAGCUCAUGCAUUUUAUCUAACUGGGUUACCUAACUUGCAGAGUGGUGCCCAUAUUUGUUUUGUAGCCGUGUUCAUUAUAAAGUGGAUAAUUAAUUCUCUUGAUUUAUCUUGAAUUUAGACAAGCUGAUUUUCAGCAUUACUUACCAGAUGUUUUUAAGUAACAAAGAGCAGGAGAGAGAACUUGCUAUAAAUUAGUUACUUGGAGAACCAAUAAUUGCUACUCAAGACGUAAAACUGAAUUCAUGAACAUAGGAAGAGUCAUUCACUGCUGCUUUUUGUGAAAAUAUGCAAUUAUGAGAUUGUGGUGUUAUUUACCUGGACAAACAUUGUUGUACACAUGACAAAAAAAUGAUUAAAUUGGGAGCAACAGCUUACCAUUCCUUUCACCGGAGAGCAAAGCUGUGUGAGUGUAUAUGUGGCGGUGAUUUCACGCAUUGACCGGGGAAAUAUAACGUCCUUUAGGAAUCAGGAAGAGCCAGAUGGGAGAGUGGUGGAGGUGUAUGAGGCACUAGGUAAAAUGAAGGACAGUAAAGCAAAUGGGAUUGAUGAGAUCAUGAGAGAAAUGUUUAAAGAAGGUGGAGAUAUAAUUUUGGAGUGCUUGGUAUUUUUGUUCAGUAAAUGUAUGAAAGAGGGGAUGGUACCAAGGGAUUGGCAGAGAGCAUGCAUAGUUCUUUUGUAUAAAGGGAAAGGAGACAAAAGAGAUUGUAAAAAUUAUAGGGGAAUAAGUUUACCGAGUAUACCAGGUAAAGUGUAUGGUAGGGUUAUUAUUGAAAGAAUUAAGAGGUAAGACAGAGCAGGAUUGCAGAUGAGCAAGGAGGCUUUAGAGUGGGUAGGGGAUUUGUAGAUCAAGUGUUUACAUUGAAGCAUAUAUGUGAACAGUAUUUGGAUAAAGGUAGGGAAGUUUUCAUUGCAUUUACGGAUUUAGAAAAGGCAUAUAAUAAAGUGGAUAGGGGAGCAAUGUGGCAUCAAUAAAUAUAUUAAGCAACCAUGGUUAAUAUUUUUAUUUAUAUUUACAUUUACAACCCAUCAAUAAAUAUAUUAAACAACCAUGGUUGUUUAAUAUAUUUAUUGAUGGGUUGUAAAAGAAGUAAAUGCUAGGGUAUUGGGGAGAGGGGUGGGAUUAAAUUAUGGUGAAUCAAGUACAAAUUGGGAGUUGACACAGUUACUUUUUGCUGAUGAUACUGUGCUUAUGGGUGAUUCUAAAGAAAAAUUGCAAAGGUUAGUGGACGAGUUUGGGAGGGUAUGUAAAAGUAGAAAGUUGAAAGUGAACGUAGAUAAGAGUAAGGUGAUGAGGGUAUGAAAUGAUUUAAAUAAAGAAAAAUUGGAUAUCACAUUGGAGAGGAGUAUGGAAGAAGUGAAUGUUUUCAGAUAUUUGGGAGUUGACGUGUCAGCGGAUGGUUUUAUGAAUGAUGAGGUUAACCAUAGAAUUGAUGAGGAAAAAAAGGUGAGUGGUGCGUUGAGGUGUAUGUGGAGACAAAAAACGUUAUCAUUGGAGGCAAAGAAGGAAUGUAUGAAAGUAUAGUGGUACCAACACUCUUAUAUGGGUGUGAAGCUUGGGUUGUAAAUGCUUGGAGGCAGUGGAGAUGUUGUGUCUAAGGGCAAUGUGUGGUGUAAAUAUUAGGAAGAGAAUUUAAAGUGUGGAAAUUAGGAGAAGGUGUGAAGUUAAUAAAAGUAUUUGCAAGAGGGCUGAAGAGGGGUUGUUGAGGUGGUUUGGUCAUUUAGAGAGAAUGGAUCAAAAUAGAAUGACACGGAGAGCGUAUAAAUCUGUAGGGUAAGGAAGGCGGGGUAGGGGUCAUCUUUGAAAAGGUUGGAGAGAGGGGGUAAAGGAGGUUUUGUGGGUGAGAGGCUUGGACUUCCAGCAAGCGUGCAUGAGUGUGUUAGGAGUGAAUGGAGAUGAAUGGAUUUUGGGACUGAUGAGCUGUUGGAGUGUGAGCAGGGUAAUAUUUAGUGAAGGGAUUCAGGGAAACCGAUUAUUUUUAUAUAGCCAGACUUGAGUACUGGAAAUGGAAAGUACAAUUCCUGCACUUUAAAGGAGGGUUUUGGGAUAUUGACAGUUCGGAGGGAUGUGCAAUAGGACGGUACAGAGCCACACUGUGAGAUCCAUCAUUGGGGCCCUGAUGGUCACUUUUUAUAUUAUAUCUUUAUAUAUGCUUCUAAACUGUCGUAUAAUGAAAAAAACUAGGCGUCUCUGGAAAAACAGUGAUUAGGUAUGAGUGAGGUGAAAGUGUUGAAUGAUGAUGAAAGUAUUUUCGUUUUGGGGAUUUUCUUUCUUUUUGGAUCACCCUGUCUAAGUGGGAGAUAGCCGACCACAGAAAAUGUAAUGUAAUGUCCCUCCGCCCGGCUACCACGUGAGUCCACAAGUAUUAUUAUCAGACCAUGUAUAAAAUAUGCAAUAAAUGCCAGACAUCAAGUUUACACUAACUUAUAUUAAGUUAGCAAUAGAAAUAGCCAUUAAAAACACAAUAAAAUGUAAGAUACACACAGAGUACACUUAUUACUUACCUUAAAAUAUUAAUAUUAAUGUGUGAGAGGUGAGUGUCAGGGUGUUUAUUGAAUAAAAUCAGAAUGGCACACCAUCAUCCUCUAACUUGGCACUAAAGAGGGGCCUGACACUUCGCCGCGCGGAGUAAAAAAAAAAUUGAAAAAAUACGAAAAUUGAGUUAGUUACCAAAAAAUAGCUGAACUUUCUGGCUACACUCUGGUAUAAUUAUUAUCUUUAUACGAUGUUUCUAAAAGGAAUUAUAGUCAUUUAUAACAGGCAUGGUGACUGCCUUGCGUAACAAGCGCUGACGCGGCAUUCCCCCCCCCCCCCCCCGUGUUAUUUUUAUUGUUUUCUUAUGUCUUUAUGUCUAAUAUAAUACAAAUUCACCGUCUGAGAUCAUGGCAGAGUGGGCGGAGCUAAUAUGGUCAAGGGACCAAUCAGGAUCCUCCCCUGGGAAUAGUGCCCAAGAUGGCCGACACCACCAGCCAACAAAAUAUUCCAUACCCACACUAAUAUCAAUUAUAAGGCUUAUUUACCUAUCACAAUUGAUCUAAUAUGACAUAGGGCGAUGUAAUAAUAACAUAGAAACAUAAAAAGUACAACAGAAGAAAAUAAUAUACAUGUAUAGCAUAAUAUGACGGCCGAGAAGCGAAAAAAUUCUAGCGAUAUAUCCCAUGAAGGUGAAAGACCGAUUCUCUCGUCACUGUGAUGAGAGAAAACGGAGAUUUACAAUGGUUAACUGUAAUAAACACUCGUAGGUCAUGGAAAGUGUAAACCAAAGCGAAUUUUUCGGGGAAAAAAAAAUUCCCCGGGCACCUCGGGUGCCAUGCGCUGUGGCCUAUAUCUCGGAAGUAAGUUAUUUACCUAUUUAUGGACCCACCAUCCUUAUUUAUGAAUGAAUUGACUUGAUUUUCACAACAAACAUAGAAGAAUGAUUGCUUUACAAAAAACUUAUGUUCCUUUCUGAAGUAUCCCAAAUAUUUUUAGAUUUGUGUGGGCAACAAGACCGACAUCUUCAACAAUAUCAAAAAAGUUAUGAAACUUUAUUUUUUUUUAGCAUGAAGGUAAGAUUUAUUUUAGAAUUCGAACAUGAUUUUUGAUGGAAUUAGAAGUGUUCUAUCAGCAGCAAGUGUCAAAACCACUUUUCCAAGUACCACUGAGUAAUUGAAUACUGCCAAAUGUAAUUUUUCGUAAAUUUUGCAUAUUUCAUUUCCUUUUUGGCCGAUAUGUUUGAAACUUCAGCACAGCAUGCUCGAUAUAAGCUUCUAAUAGUACACCAAAAAUGAAUGUAAUCAGUUGAAAAAUAAAGACGUCGAGAUCAAAGGGUUACCAUCCUCUUUUUAUCACAGCUAAGCUUAGACGCCAUUGUCAAUGAGAGCCAACAAGUUAACGAAAGAGUAAACGAGAGCAGGUAGUGGGUGAUCACUUGGUCAGGCAAUAUAAAUGCAUAUUAAUAUGUGUAUACUUUUAGCUCAUUCACAUACAUUUGUAAGAGUUUGUAAAACUUUUACCUCAAAAUAUUUUUUUUUUAUUUUUUUUUUUAUCACACUGGCCGAUUCCCACCAAGGCAGGGUGGCCCGAAAAAGAAAAACUUUCACCAUCAUUCACUCCAUCACUGUCUUGCCAGAAGGGUGCUUUACACUACAGUUUUUAAACUGCAACAUUAACACCCCUCCUUCAGAGUGCAGGCACUGUACUUCCCAUCUCCAGGACUCAAGUCCGGCCUGCCGGUUUCCCUGAACCCCUUCAUAAAUGUUACACACUCACGCAUGCCUGCUGGAAGUCCAAGCCCCUCGCACACAAAACCUCCUUUACCCCCUCCCUCCAAUCUUUCCUAGGCCGACCCCUACCCCGCCUUCCUUCCACUACAGACUGAUACACUCUUGAAGUCAUACUGUUUCGCUCCAUUCUCUCCACAUGUCCGAACCACCUCAACAACCCUUCCUCAGCCCUCUGGACAACAGUUUUGGUAAUCCCGCACCUCCUCCUAACUUCCAAACUACGAAUUCUCUGCAUUAUAUUCACACCACACAUUGCUCUCAGACAUGACAUCUCCAUUGCCUCCAGCCUUCUCCUCGCUGCAACAUUCAUCUCCCAUGCUUCACACCCAUAUAAGAGCGUUGGUAAAACUAUACUCUCAUACAUUCCCCUCUUUGCCUCCAAGGACAAAGUUCUUUGUCUCCACAAACUCCUAAGUGCACCACUCACCCUUUUCCCCUCAUCAAUUCUAUGAUUCACCUCAUCUUUCAUAGACCCAUCCGCUGACACGUCCACUCCCAAAUAUCUGAAUACAUUCACCUCCUCCA